UGACAGCAAACAAGGAAAAUGUAAUCUUAUUCCAGAAUUCUCAUUAAGAGUCCAAAGAUCUUUUUGGAAGAUGCACAAAGAGAUACAGAAAAUGAAGGAAAUUAUCCUUAUUUACCUUGACCGAAGUGGUGGCCUUGAGAAAUUCGUGCACGAUUGCAAAAAAUACAACGACUCAAAACAAAGUUAUGCUGUGUAUCGUUUCGUUAUUUCAAUAAACCCUUCUGAUGUUGCUGAACUGGAUGCAACUCUUGGAAACUACAUUCUUCAUAGGCCCAUGAAAGCUGCAGGGAUUUUUCAGUCAGUAUGUUUCAUAGCUAUUAAGACAUUAUCAUUAAUUGAACAGUUACAGACGGAGGCCCAAAUAAGCAUACUGCUGAAACCAACACAUUUACCACCAUUACCGAGUUAUGUUCUCAGUCUUUCUGCAUUUCCAUUUAAUUACACAUCUAAGAGAUUUUAUAUGUCUGAAGGAAUAGUGAUUGCAAUGGGAACUGUCACAAAAUACACUCAAGGAGCAAGAUUUCUUUGCACUGGGGAAACCUGUCCAUUCUCUGAAGGGUUUAGGUACAUUAGGGUGCAUCUGCCUGGAGCUACAGAAUCUGCCACAGUGAGGAAUGACUUUGUGUGCAGUUUGUGUUCCUCACCACUGCAGGAAGAUAUGAAAUUCAGAGUACUUGGUGAUAAACAGAUAGUUGAAAUGAUUGAUGCCAAAGUUCUUCAUGCUUUAAAAGGAUAUUCCGACCAUCAAUCGCAUUUUAGGAUUCAGACUUUUACAGUUUUCUUGAGAGAUGAACUGGCCAAUAGAAUGACAAUAGGAAACCACUACAAGAUCAUAGGAAUUCCAGCUUGUGUACAAAAUGGCCCACAAGCUACAGCAUUUAUAGAAGUCAGUAGUGUAGAGCUCUGUAAACCAAAUGGUCCUUCUUUCAUCGGUGAGAAUUUUAAGUAUCUACUCUCACUGACCUCAAGUUCAUGCUGGAGGUUUACAGCCAUGCUUGCCAAUAUUUUUGCUUCUCAAGUUGUUCCACCAGGCACUUACAACACUCUUAAAUUGGCAAUAUUACUGAGUCUGGUACAGACGUGUGAAAUAGAAAAUGCAGAUUACCUCGAUCUACUGAUUGUGACAAGUGACACUCUAAUAAUUGAUAGGCUUCUGAAUUACAGCCUGUGUCUCCUGCCUCGUGGCAUACGCCACCCAUCCUCUAGUGACAUCUUUCCUUCUGUGUCCAAAGAUAAACAUGGAACUGGAAGUGCUAGUAUUCAAGCUUGCAGUGCUCUGCUGGCUCAGGGUGGUAUCUGUUACAUAGGAGACUUCUCUUCAUACAAGAAGGAUAAACUUGAACUCCUGCAAUCCGUGCUAGAGAGCAGGAUGACAACGCUGUUCAUUCCUGGGAAGAAGUAUGGAGAAGAGGCUGACCAACAAGUGACUAUUUCAGUUCAGACCAACUUCUGGUCUUAUGUAGAUGUGGGUUCUUCCCCAAAGAAACAGACAGCAAGGGACAGCUUUUUAAUUGGGCAGAUGGACCUGAGUUUGAUUCCACCUAAUCUUUUAGAUGUUUUUGGGCUGUUGAUAUACAAUGAAUUUCCUUUGUGUCAGCUGUCUUUUCCUGUAGUGCAUCAUGUCUUGCAAAAAGCCAUUAAUCCUGAAGCCAUGCUGUACAGAGUCUCACAGCAGUUCAGAACACAGGAUUAUGAAGAGUUUAUUUCAUUCGCAAAGAAUCUUCAUGUCCAACUGAGUUCUGAAGCAGAAAACCUCAUUCAGGGCUACUAUCUUGCAAGUCGUAGAGUGAGGAGAGAUUCUUUGCGUGGAUCGAAAUUAUCAGCAUCUGCACUAAAAAUCCUGAUUUCACUGUCCAAAGCUCAUACUAAACUGAGUUUGAGGAAGAAAGUCCUUGAGGAAGACGCAUUGAUUGCCAUCCUGUUGUUUGAGUCAUCUCUUACCCUAAAAUACGGUAAGUCAGCAUUGUGCAUAGAACCAAACGCAGUAUUUCCAUUCGACCUCAGUGAUGAAAACAGCCUCCAACAGAGAGAUAUUUACUUACUGCAGUGCCACCAUCAACUGCUUCAGUUUAUUGGUGCAUAUAGCCCAGGGACUUACGUUAGCACUAAUGAAGAAUGAACUCUGCUGCGAGUCCGAAGCUUCUACUUCAGCUUUCUGGCACUGCAGUUACAGAAAAAUAGACAACUAUUUUCAGUGCUAUUUUGCAAAGAAAUAAAGCAUAGCUGAUAGGAUUUAGUUGAAGUUUCCUGGUAACACUGAAGAAAGACAGAAGUGAUGUUUCUAUUCUGGAAGGCCACGGCUUCAGAAUAAAGCCAGAAUCUGAACUUCUAUUCCCAGCUACCACUAUGAUUUAACUGGAUGAACACAGACAAGUUUUUAAUAAAGUAACUAACAUUUAAACCAAGAAUGCUGAAUACUGUAUUUCAUUUCAACUGUGAACUGUACUUU